CUCAGGGCAGCAGCAGUUCAAACAGCAAGGCAGACAGAAACAGAGUUUCAUUGAGAGAAGAUGUUUUAUUAAAGGGGAGGAAAAGUCACACAGACAUACUCAAACACACACUAAUAAACACACAGCGUGCCACCCAGACAGACAAAUAGAAGUUGGCUAAGCCCAAAAAAAUACUACCACUGACUAAACAGGGGAAAGUCCAGUAAGGACACACAUUCUGUAGUCUUUUUACCUACUUUCACACACGCACACAUACACACACACUCACACACACAGUGCUGGUGCUGAGUGUGUGCUACACAACGUGAGGAGCAGAGCCAUUUGACCCCAAGUGGAGCAUCAGGGAGGAAGGAGCAAGCGGGUGGAUGGAUGCCUUUUGCAGACUCAGUGGCCUGGACCCUCUGUGGGACUGGAACCGAACGUGGUACACAGCCAACCCAGACCUGACUCAGUGCUUCCAAAACACAGUGCUAGUGUGGGUUCCCUGUAUCUAUCUCUGGUUGCUGGCCCCCUUCUACUGCCUUCACCUCUACUGCCAUGAUCAUGGACGCAUCCGCAUGUCCUGCCUCUGCACCGCCAAGAUGGUUUUGGGUUUCAUGCUGGCCUCCUUUGGUUUUGUGGAGUUCUUCUACAUCCUGUUGGAAAGAAGCCAGGAGAUCCAGCAGCACAUGGUCUUCCUGCUCAGCCCCAUCAUACGCAGCAUGACUGUGAUCCUUGCCUUAUGCAUUAUCCAGUUGGAAAGAAUAAGAGGCUGUCGUUCCUCUGUAUUCCUCUUCCUGUUCUGGGUUUUGGCUGUGGUUUGUUCCCUGGUGCCUCUCCGAGCCAAGAUCCAGCUGGCCAUGGAUGAGGGCAUUGCUUCUGAUAUUGUACGAUACCUCGCUUUCUUCUCCUAUUUCACAAUCCAACUGGCCCAGCUUUUCCUGUGUUGUUUUGCUGACCAGCCUCCAGAGGGAAAAACCAUUUUGGAAAAGAAUCCCUGUCCCGUAAAAGAUGCCUCUUUCCUGUCAAAGAUCCUCUUCUGGUGGUUCACUGGGCUUGUUGUGAAAGGAUAUCGAACUCCACUGGCAGCAGAAGACCUGUGGACUUUGCGACAGGAAGAUACGUCACGCAAAAUCAUCUCAGAGUUGCAGGAGGAUUGGACAGCAGAAUGUACAAAACUUCAGAGGCAGGAGAAGGCCUUGGCGUCGGGUGUGGCGCUGGGGAGCAGACUGCCAGACCAAGCUCAGCUCCUCAGGAAGCUGCAGAAGGAGCAGAGCUCUGGCUUCUUCCUCCUCAGAACACUGGCACGCAAGUUUGGCCCAUAUUUCCUCACUGGCACCCUGUGUAUCAUAUUCCACGAUGCUUUUAUGUUCGCCAUCCCCCAGGUUCUGAGCCUUCUUCUGAGUUUUAUGAAAGAUGAAGAUGCUCCACUAUGGAAGGGCUACUUCUAUGCCACUCUCAUGUUCCUGCUUUCCUGUCUCCAGUCCCUCUUCAACCAUCAGUACAUGUACACGUGCUUCACAGUAGGAAUGAGAGUGAAGACAGCUGUUAUGGGCUUGGUUUACAGGAAGUCUUUGGUGAUAAACAGCUCUGCCAGAAGGACUUGCACCGUGGGCGAAAUUGUCAAUCUGGUUUCUGCAGACACCCAGAAACUCAUGGACUUUGUGGUCUACUUCAAUGCUGUGUGGUUGGCUCCCAUUGAAAUUGCUCUUUGUCUCUUCUUCCUUUGGCAGCAUCUUGGCCCAUCUGCUUUGGCAGGAAUCACCACUGUCAUCCUCAUCUUUCCUCUGAACGGGUUCAUAGCAAAGAAAAGAAGCAAACUACAGGAGGUCCAAAUGAAGUUUAUGGAUGGCCGCAUCAGACUGAUGAAUGAGAUCUUAAAUGGAAUAAAGAUCUUGAAGUUUUAUGCGUGGGAGAAGGCCUUCCUGGAGCAAGUUUUAGGCUACAGAGAGAAGGAGCUCAAGGCUUUGAAGAAGUCUCAGAUCCUUUAUUCAAUCUCUAUUGCAUCCUUCAACUCCUCAUCCUUCCUGAUUGCCUUUGCCAUGUUUGGAGUGUACGUCAUGCUCGAUGACAGGAAUGUCCUGGAUGCACAAAAAGUGUUUGUUUCGAUGGCGCUGAUCAACAUCCUGAAGACCCCGCUCAGUCAACUUCCAUUUGCAAUAAGCACAACGAUGCAAGCUAUGGUUUCACUGAGACGCCUGGGAAAGUACCUGUGUGCAGAGGAACUUAAAGUGGACAAUGUCUCAAAGGCUCCAUUGAGUUCUGAUGGGGAAGAUGUGGCAAUAGAGAAUGGCACAUUCAGCUGGUCUGCAGAGAGCCCUCCAUGUCUUAAAAGGAUCAACUUCCAUGUGCCACGGGGCUCCCUCGUUGCUGUGGUUGGGCAUGUGGGCAGUGGAAAGUCGUCUCUUUUGUCUGCCAUGCUCGGGGAAACAGAGAAAAGAAGUGGCAGUGUCACUGUGAAGGGCUCUGUGGCAUAUGUACCACAGCAGGCUUGGAUCCAGAAUGCCACCGUCCAAGACAACAUCAUAUUUGGCCGUGAAAAGCUGAAAACGUGGUACAACCGUGUGCUGGAGGCCUGUGCUCUGCUGCCUGACCUGGACAUUCUACCUGCCGGAGAUUCUACAGAAAUUGGAGAGAAGGGAUUGAACCUCUCAGGCGGACAAAAACAGAGGGUGAGCCUGGCAAGAGCUGUUUACCGAAAGGCUGAUGUGUACCUGCUCGACGAUCCUCUGUCUGCUGUUGAUGCACAUGUGGGUCAACACAUCUUUGACAAAGUCAUCGGACCAAAAGGAGUCCUUAGAGACAAGACCCGAAUCCUGGUGACCCAUGGGAUGAGCUUCCUGCCGCAAGCUGACCUAAUUCUUGUCCUGGUAGACGGAGAAAUCACAGAGAGUGGCUCUUACCAGGAGCUCCUCAGCCGCCAUGGAGCUUUUGCUGACUUUAUCCAUACCUUUGCCAACACAGAGCGAAAAGAAAGUGUCAUACAGAGAGCUGGCUCCAGGAGGUCCAACGCCCGCCUCAGCAUGGUGGAUUUUAUGCCAUUCUCCAGAGACCUGUCACAGGAGCAGCUUAUAGGAGGCGACACCACUAAUACUAACCUGCAGAAUAUGGAGCCUGUGACAGAAACAGACCAGGAACAGGUACCAGAGGAUCUUGGCAAACUAACUCAAAUUGAUAAGGCCUUCACAGGAAGGGUGAAGUUGGAGAUGUACAAGAAGUAUUUCAAGACCAUUGGACUGGCCCUCAUCAUUCCCAUAGUCUUCCUUUAUGGCUUCCAGCAGGGAGCUUCACUGGGCUACAACUACUGGCUUAGCAUAUGGGCUGAUGACCCUGUUGUCAAUGGUACCCAGACUGAUACAGACCUGAAACUGACUGUUUUUGGAGCGCUGGGAUUUGUACAAGGCAUUGCCAUCUUUGGUACAACAGUGGCCAUCUCUAUCUGCGGCAUCAUAGCCUCUCGCCACCUGCACAUGGACCUGCUGAUCAAUGUAUUGCGCUCUCCCAUGUCUUUCUUUGAGAGCACACCAAGCGGUAACCUUCUCAAUCGUUUUGCCAAAGAGAUCGACGCCAUUGACUGCAUGGUCCCUGAUGGUCUCAAGAUGAUGCUGAGCUACGUCUUUAAACUCAUGGAGGUCUGCAUAAUUGUCCUGAUGGCCACACCCUUCGCUGCAGUGAUAAUCCUGCCACUGGCUUUCCUCUACGCCUUUGUCCAGAGCUUCUAUGUUGCCACAUCCUGUCAGCUGCGGAGGUUGGAAGCUGUGAGCCGAUCGCCCAUCUACACUCACUUCAAUGAGACGGUGCAGGGUGCCAGCGUUAUUCGGGCCUUUGGAGAGCAGUCCAGGUUCAUUCUGCAGGCCAACGAGAGAGUUGACUUCAAUCAGACCUCCUACUUUCCCCGAUUUGUGGCCACCCGGUGGCUGGCAGUCAAUCUGGAGUUUGUUGGUAAUGGUGUGGUCCUAGCUGCUGCCAUUCUCUCUGUAAUGGGAAAAAACACCCUGAGCCCAGGCAUCGUGGGAUUGGCGGUGUCACACUCCCUGCAGGUGACUGGAAUCCUGAGUUGGAUUGUGAGAUCUUGGACUGAUGUAGAAAACAACAUUGUUUCUGUUGAAAGAGUCAACGAGUAUGCUGAUACUGCCAAAGAGGCCAGUUGGAGUGUAGAGGGCAGCUCUUUGCCUUUGGCUUGGCCCCAGCAAGGCACUAUUGAGUUCCAAGACUAUGGGCUGCAGUACCGUAAAGGCCUGGAGUUGGCUCUGAAGGGCAUUACCUUGCAGAUUCAUGAGAGAGAAAAAGUUGGAAUUGUGGGCAGGACAGGAGCUGGAAAGUCCUCACUUGCCCUGGGAAUCUUCAGGAUCUUAGAGGCAGCAAAAGGAAAGAUCUUUAUAGAUGGAGUCAACAUUGCUGACAUCGGACUCCAUGACCUCCGUUCACGCAUUACUAUCAUUCCUCAGGACCCUGUGCUGUUUUCAGGCUCCCUCCGGAUGAACCUUGACCCCUUUGAUACCUACACCGACGAGGAGGUGUGGAGUUCACUUGAGCUGGCGCACCUCAAAAAUUUUGUCUCCAAUCUACCCAAUAAGCUCAACUAUGAAUGCUCAGAGGGAGGAGAAAACCUCAGUCUGGGUCAGCGCCAGCUAGUCUGCCUGGCUAGGGCUUUGCUGAGGAAAACCAAGAUCCUGGUUUUGGAUGAAGCGACAGCUGCUGUCGACCUGGAGACUGACACACUCAUCCAGUCAACGAUUCGCACACAAUUUGAGGACUGCACUGUCCUCACCAUCGCUCAUCGCCUUAAUACUAUAAUGGACUACACUAGAGUGAUUGUUAUGGACCGAGGCCACAUCUCUGAAAUGGACUCUCCAGCCAACCUGAUCGCACAACGAGGACAGUUCUACCGAAUGUGUCGGGAAGCUGGGCUGGCCUAGAUCUUUUGGCAGAGCUUUAAACCAUGAAGCUGGUGACCUGGACAACAUUUACUGGACUGUAUAUGUGUGGCUGUCCAACACACGUUAAAUCAACCAUUUCAAGCUUUGUGGCAGCUCAGAACGCCUCUUCAUGAGGGCAUUGCUGAUGAAUCUCAAGAAAAACUGCUGACACGGUCCCAUUUUGUUGCUUAUGACACACACAGACAUGCUGUCCUUUUUCAGGAAAAGACUAUUUUCAUCUCAGCUGAUGAACACUUACGAGAAAUUUACAGCAGACUGUUGAGAUACUGCAAGCUUUAAAUAUUGUAUAUAGAGUAGUGGAGUCUGUUUAUUCCAUGAAAAGAUUAAGCCAAAGGCUGGAAUGAAAGUGCACCACAAAUGUUAAUGAUUUUCAUUCUCUUUUUGAAUGGCAAUUAUACUAUUUUUGUAGUUUUUGUAAGUGUUAUAAAGCACAUGACAUAUUUUUUGAUGUUGUCUCAGGCUUUAAUGUUGAUGUUUACUCAGUUUUUUAAGCCUUGUAUACCAAAAAAAGCAAUAUUUUAAAUUGUUUUGAAUCAAUUUGUUUUCUUGUCCCAGAAACUGGGACAGGAAAGUGACAGACUGACACACUAACCUUCAAAAGGGUCACCCUGGCAAACGCAGGGGAAGUGAGGUUUUCGCAGCCUUCAAAAUCUGAGCUUGAAUAAGCCAAUUUGGAGUUUUAUAUGUCAGGGAAAAAACAAUGAAGUGAGCCAAGGCAUUAGAAACUGUCCAACUAUGUUGUGGCUGAUGUUUAUUUCUGUCAAAGUAAACACAUAAAGAAGUCAAUAGAGACCUUGCUGGUCAGAUUUAACCUGAUGCCGGUAGUGAAAACCACCAUGAAUGAAGAGAAUUCUUCUUCAAAACAAUGGUGAUAAAUCUCUGUGUGAUUGUCUCUCUGCCAUCACCACACAACUCAGGCCAUACAUAUACACAGAGAAAAAAAAAUCUGGUGGUGACAUGACAAAGUAAAUUGUCCGUGUCGACCUUUGGUCUUUAACCCUAUGAACUUUUAAAAAAAGAGGCAUUCACUGUUUUUGUCUUACUGGUUUAGACAAUAUAUUUAGAGAAACCCUAAAGUUUAUUUAUGUCAAUCAAAAAAAUGUAUUAAGUGUCCUUAAAAUCCUGAGGAUUGUAUUAUAUUUAUACUUUUUAUAACAAGCUUGUUCAUUUUUCACUGACCAUUUACUGUUUAUGUACUGUCAUGUUUCAUAAAUGCUGGACAAUAAAGUUUAUUUGAAUCUAUC